AUGGACUUAGUGGCGAUUGAUUUGGAUAGUAGUGGAAUUAGAGGGGAGUACUUGGGGAAGGGUGAUUUAAGUAUGAUAAGAGGGAAUAAUGAAUGUUUGGUCUUGGGAUUGGAGUUUAUACCGGGAAUGUUAGUGGAGUGUUGGAUUUAUGUGCCGAAAGAGUACUGGUUGUACUUGUUUAGUGGUGAUGUGAAUGAAGCUGUGGUUGAUCAGAUGGGUAGAAUGGCUAGUGUGAAAGGAAUAAUGGGUCGUUUAGUGGGUUUACCAGAUGUCCAUGCUGGGAAGGGAUUUCCAGUGGGAGUAAGUGCUUGGUUUGAAGAGUUGAGUGAAGGUGGUGGAGGAGGUGAGAUUUUACCGGAAGCAAUUGGUUCGGAUGUUAAUUGUGGUGUGCGGAUUUGGCAGAGUAAUGUACGGGUUAGUGAGUUUCUGAGUAAGCAAGAGGAAGUUUUGGCUGGUAUAAAAGAGGCUGUACCUAUUCAGAUUCGUAAUGAACCGAGUAGUUUGGAUAUGAAACGGGUUCUAGUGGAAGGAUUGGGGUACUUAGAGUCGGUUGGAAUAAUUAGUCGGGAGGAUAGAUUAGGUACAGAUAUGUGUGGAGAAAUGAGUGUAUCUUCUUAUAAGAUAGUGGGUCAAAAAGCUAGGUUUCGGGGUAGUAUGCAUAUGGGUACUUUAGGAGGUGGUAAUCACUACUUGGAGUUUUUACGGAUUACAGAUAUCUUUGCUAGGGAAGAUAUUGAGUUGCUGGGAAUGAGUAAGGAAGUAGUUUAUGUAGCUGUACAUACGGGUAGUCGGGGGAUAGCAUCUCGGGCCUUAACUGAGUUUAUGUCAUCUUUAACGGCUGAGAAUGGGUUAGUUGGUGAGAAUCCAGUUCGGUUAGACGUAUGUUCAAGUAAAGGAGAGGAGUAUUUAGAGUUAGUAGCUGCUCUAGCUAAUUAUGCCUUUUGUAAUCGGACUAUGAUUGGUAAGGCGGUUGAAAAUGUACUUGGUACUAUCUUUACAGGGGCUAAACUUACACUGAUUAGUGACUCACCACAUAAUCUAAUUACUAAGGAAAAGAUCAAUACUAAACCAGUCCUUUCCCUACGUAAAGGUUCAACUAAAGUCCAUCCACCUUUUUCAGCAACUGCUAACCAACUCUUCCCAUCUAUUUCACCUGUCUUUGUAGGCGGAUCAAUGACUACUGGUGGGUACUUGAUCAAAGCCGGUCAUAAUUCCCAAGUAACUAACCACACGACCUGCCAUGGUUCCGGCCGACUAGUACGUCGUAAAGAUGCCCGCACCCAAAUUGCCCUAGCCAGCACUCUUGCCCAAAUAGAAGCCGCCGCCGUUCUAGUCCAUGCUGAUUCUUUAACCUCUCUUCCAGAAGAAUCCCAAGAUGUCUACAAGAGCAUAGAUAAAGUAGUUGAUUUUUGUGAGACCACCCAACUAUCACAAAAGAUAUGCAAGCUAACUCAACUACUCGUUCUCAAAGGAUAA